AGCUGUUGUUUACCAUCAUGGACCGGGAGGCGUACCGCAACUGCAGCAGCCUGGUCAAGAUGCCCCGGCAGUCGUACGAGCAGUUCUGGUCGUCACACUUCGUGGACUACAUCGACAAGGAGCUGAGCUAUUCCAAGUUUUUCAAGAAAUACCUGCUCCCCAAUCACCCGUGCAUGUUUUCCAGGAGGUUUACAGAGGACUGGAAGUGUAGAAAACAGUGGGUGACAGAGGAAGGGAAGCCUCAUUUCCAGAAACUGCUGCAAGAGUUUGAUGAGACUCCCGUUCCUGUUGCAAACUGCAAUGCAAAGGAGUACAAUGCAAACCCCAAACAAGUAAUGCCUUUCAAAGAAUUUAUACACUACUGGAAAGAGUACAUCCAAAAUGGCCACUCGUCACCUAAAGGAUGUCUCUAUCUUAAAGACUGGCACAUGUCAAGGGACUUUGCAGAACACAGUGUUUACGCCACACCAGUCUUUUUUUCUUCCGACUGGCUCAAUGAAUACUGGGAUACACUCGAGUUGGAUGACUACCGCUUUGUUUACAUGGGACCUAAAGGUUCAUGGACACCUUUCCACGCCGAUGUGUUCCGCUCCUACAGUUGGUCAGCAAACAUCUGUGGGAGGAAGAAAUGGCUCCUUUAUCCCCCAGGUCAGGAGGAGUUUUUACGAGACUCUCAUGGCAACCUCCCUUACGACGUGACAUCGUCGGAACUUCAAGACCAAGGCCUUUACCCACACUGCGAAAAAGCCUGUCAACCUCUUGAGAUUAUUCAAGAGGCUGGUGAAAUCAUCUUUGUGCCCAGUGGCUGGCAUCAUCAAGUUUAUAAUUUGGAAGAUACCAUCUCUAUUAAUCACAACUGGUUGAAUGGCUGCAACGUUGACAUCAUGUGGCAGUUCCUUCAGAAUGAGCUGUCAUCUGUUCAAAAAGAGAUAGACGAGUGGAGAAACACGAUGGAUUCCUGGCAUCAGCACUGUCAGGUACACAUUCUUUUUUCAGAUAAGAUUGAUCUGUGUGAGUCUGUUUGUGUGUUCGCCACUGUGGAAACAUUCUGCUGCCCUGUAUGCAAACAACAAGUAAGUUAUUUGUUGUGUGUUUCAAUUCAGGUCAUCAUGAAGGCUUGCUCUGGUAUAAAUUUUGCUGAAUUUGCCUCGUUCCUGAAAAUAAUUUCUGACAACCGAAUGGCCUUCCUCAACGCUUGCUCCUCCGGGGAUUCCCCCGAUUACCCACGGCAUCUCUCGGAGACGCUUACCACACUCGGACCUUACCAUGCUGCCUUCGACCUACAGAGAGUGGCUCACGUACUUGAAUGUCUACUCUGCAAUGAGGACUUUAAGCGGCUCGAUCAUUCAACACUGGCUCUGCAGCCGGAAACCAUGCUACAGCAAAUUCGGGACACCAUUCAAACCACAAGAGGGCAGCAUCUCCUUUAUCAGGAAUAAGAUGUUCUUCGUGGUCCCGCCAAUGUAUAGUCACCUGGAAAGAGCUUGAAGUGCCAAUUUGUUUGGAGUAAAAAAGAUAAUAGGUGUUUGUUUGAGUUUGGUUUGAGAAGUAUUGCAAUCUCAAAUGUUGCCUGUGAAUGUUUGAAAUAGAUUUUUUUGCACUGAAAGAUGAAUAGAUAAAUAAAUUUAAAAAAAUACA